UGUAGACAGAAGCUGUCUAUAGAAUUAUAGCCCCAUAGAACUAGAAGGGGAGUUGUUUAGACCAGCGUUUCUCAACAUAAACAACUUUUAAAAUGUAUGGAACCCUGAGAAUCAGUCCAUACAUCUUAAAGUUGCGAAGGUUGAGAAUCACUGUUUUACUCCAUUGAGUCUUCUUGAAAAUCUUAAGCUUAGUGCUGGAUUCCAACUAGCAUUCCUGGCAAAUAGUUGUCUAACCUCCUUUUGAACACAUCCAAUGAAAGGAACCAAUAGUAUCUCUCUGGGUCCACCUUUUCAGUUGCUCUUAUAUUAGGGAGGCUUUGCUAAUAGUCACUUGGCAUCUGCUUCCUGUAAUUUAAAUCUGAUUUUCUGCCAUAUCAUCUGGAAUGCCUGGGAACAUGUCUUGGCCUCAUACAAUAUUCAGGUAUUUAAAAAGUACUAUCAUAUCCUCCUCAGCUUCUGUGCUAAACAUUAGAAAUGCUUUUAUUCUUUAUUGCGAUUUCUUUUCUCCUCCAACUUUAAUCCUGAGGGGGCAAUCAUAUUAAAACAUUGACAAGCCAAUAAAACAGUGAUAUUGUUAAAAUCACUCCCAUAACUAAAGCUGGACAAAGUGUUCCAUCUACUUCCACCUUUUGGCAGAACUGGCUAAAAGGACUGGCUAAGAUACAGUGAGUGUGCAACUCGACUCAGCUUGACACUGGGGUUAAUAUCUCAUGUCAAAGAAUUCAUUUCAACAUUGGGCAGAAUUAGGAUACAUUUUUGAGGGGAAAUUUCAGGAAUUUUAAGAGAUGGAAUGGCUGCUUUAAAUUACAGCAAAUCUUCAGGCACUCAUUUUAUAGCACAUUUAUAAUUCCAAAAAUGAAAACAAAACCAAAUCAACCUUUACCCAAAACUACACCCACCCACCCCCGGCCACGUUUCCCUGACUUGGAGCAAUGUUUUCACUUGGGAACAUGUCUUGGCCUCAUACAAUAUUCAGGAUUUAAUUACUAGCUCCUGAAUCAUCCUGGUUGCCUUUCUGUGAAGUAGUUCCAGUUUGUCUGAAUCCUUUUUAAAUGGUAGUCUUCUGAACUGUAUUUAGUACUUGAGGUGAAAUCUCACCAGUGCAGGUAUAUUUGUAAUGCCUUGCAAUGCCAAAUUUCCUUCUUGUUAUUGUAACAGUGAUCAUUUUCAAAGUAGUGCACAUAUCUUGAUUCUUGUUUCAAAAGAAUAAGAAACACGUUAAGCUGUGAAUACUGAGUGGAAGGACAGAGGCUUCUUGAGUAACAUGUCAAAUGUAGAGGUAGCAUGAAAAGUAUGGUAAGAGUAAGGAAUGCAGUUUGACAGGAAAGAUGGAAGCAUCACUGUCAACUUGACGUAACCUUACAGUUUAUUUGUGGAUACCUAGAUCAUAUACAGAGUACAUACCUUGUACUCUAUGUAUAUGAAUUUCAAAUUCCACCGUUGUUUAUUACACGGUUUUACUUUAAAAGCAUUUUCUUAUGAAACAUUAGUGGUGGAUAUUUGGUUGACCAAAAAAGGAUGUUUACUGAGAAGCCAAAUGUUGGAUAAAUAUUUUUAAAACAGUCAUUUUACUGAAUAGUAAAUUUGAAAUAAUCUAAUUAGUAAAGUUUUAUUGUGAAAUUGUGAAUUUAUUUACUACUGCAAAAUUUAAUGAGUCUAUAGAUGCGAUUAAUUUAUAGUGCUGCAUCUGCUCUCUAGUUAUCAAGCAUUUCAAUGUUCAAAAAAGAAAAUAAAAAUUAGUAUAUAAGAUUACUAAAUAAAAGCUGGGUUUUUAAGGAAAAGUUAUGGUAAGGAGGGAUUUAUGCUGCAACUCAGCAGCAGAUAAAUAGUUUAAAUUUAGUCAGUAUGAUAGUUUCAUAUAAGAGUGUGGUGGCACAAGUGGUUAGGAUGCUGGGCAGGAGGUUAGCAAGCCCACGUUUGAGACCCCGAGAAUGGCUAAAGGGUGAGGUUGAGCUCUUGUCUUUCACUCUAGCUCCUGCUGGGGAUAUGAAGGAGCCCCCAGCUGAGCAUCCCCAGGGCAUGCCCCCCCGCCCCCCACCCUGGAUGAUGUUCAACUGAUUGAUCAGCAUGACAAUCCCAGUAAAGUACUGGUCCCCAAAGUGAUCAAUAUUGACUUCCAAUGGUCAAUGUGACUAUUCAAAGUAAAUUAUUACUCAUAGUAUUAUUACUUAAAGCAGCAUGGGGUUCAACGAACAAUGUGGAAUUUCAUGAAGGGGUCAAUAAGCUGAAAAGUGUGGGAAUCUCUUCAGUAAAUCAUUAGCUUAUUUAAUGGCCUCUGAAUAAAUUAAUUCUGGGUUAUGGGUUCAUGUCUAAGAGGUUUGAGCUUGUGGCUAUUAUCUUUAUAAACUCAAACUCUGACCAGAUGGAAGUAUUUAUUUUCCAGCUGCCACUUGGUGUCCAAGAGAAGCAGUCUAUUGUAGUGGACUGAAUGUAGUGCUAAGGUAAGACAGAAGCCCAACCCAGAGUUUAAAUUGAUCCAUUCACUAUUCUCUGAGCCGAGCCUAUUUUUCAGAGCUGUAAUCCCACUGAAAUCUUCAGAUGAAUAAAAGUUUAAUGAAUAAAUGAAAUAGUGGAAGGCCUUGGAAUGGAUGAUAAGUAAGGAGUAAUAUCUUAAAUAUUUGACUGACUUUUCAAAAGUGGACAUAAAACAGUAAGUAGACAAGUUUAUGAGAUCAGUUCUUUUGAAGUAGUUAGAAGCGAAACUGUACAAAUAGGAAAAAUGUCUCCUGGAGAAUCUUCUUAAAAUAACUCCAAUAUCAAUAAGAUUUCCCCCAGGUUUUUGUUUUAAAUUUCAUAUGGGAAAUUCUGCUUUCUUACAGAAUUAAUAUACAGAAAACCUCUUGGUUUUGAUAUACAUCAGUUUUGUUUUCUAUUUGAAUAGCAAUGUACAUUUCUGUGAUUUACAUUAUUUCUCAGCCUAGUAUCCUCUACGUAUACCUGUGAAUAGUUAAUUAGUAAGAAUACUCUAAAUUCAUACUUGGAGGCCCUUAGAAUGAGAAAGGUUGAGUUAAAUAUUUCCUACUUCUACAAAGGGUAUCUAUAAAUAUUCUGAUUUAUCGGUAGAACAAAGGGAUUCAUGAAAUUCAGUAAUUAAUCAGAAAGUUAGUGUCUUUCUGAUAGUAUUUUUUUUGAUUAAUAUGGAAUAUUUCUGAUUAAUAUGGAAAUAUGUGGUAUAUCAAACUUCAAUUCAUAUAUGGUAAUUAAAAGAAAUCUAUCUUCGUCACUACUAUCUGACUUAUUUGUUUUUUCUUCCUAGGGCAAAAAUGAGAGACAGACUCUUGGAGUUUUAUGAAUUAUCUAGGCUGUACAGCCAACAUACUGGAGAUGCUGAGGAUGACUUCCAAAGACCUCAUGAAAUGCUUCUUUUUGAAACUGACCAUGCCAUAGCAAAUCUUUACAAAAACAUUCAAGAUAUUCGAACAAACAAUCACCGUCUGAAGGAAGAUGUGAGGCGCUUGGGCAAACAAAACAAUCGCUUCCUGACAUCAAUGCGUCGUUUCAGUAGCAUAAAGCGAGACACAAACACCAUCGCAAAGGACAUUAAGGCCCGUGGGGAAGAGAUCCACAGAAAACUUCAGGUUCUGAGAGAUCUGAGUGAAGAUGCAGAAACAAAAUAUGGUGAGAAUGCAAUUGUAACCCGUGUGUGCAAAGACCAUUAUGUCGAUCUCAUGCAUGCUUUUCAGGAAGCCAUGUUUAAUUACAAUGAAACUGAGAUGAAAGAGCGAGACAAUUGUAAAGUUAGGAUUCAGCGGCAACUGGAAAUCAUGGGCAAAGAAGUGUCUGGAAACCAGAUAGAGGACAUAAUUGAGCAAGGCCGAUGGGAUGUAUUCUCUGAGAACCUGCUGUCUGACGCAAAAGGAGCUCGCUCUGCCUUGAAUGAGAUAGAAACCCGGCACAAAGAGCUGAUGAAGCUUGAAUCUCGAAUCAAAGAGGUACAUGAACUUUUCCUACAGGUGGCAUUGCUGGUGGAAGAGCAGGCUGACACCUUUGAUGUCAUUGCGUUCAACAUGCAGAAUGUCCAAGAAUAUGUUGGGGAAGCUAAAGACGAAGUGAGGAGAGCACUUGAAUACCGGAGAAAACAUCCUUGCCGAACAAUCCUUUGCUGCUGUUUAUCAUGCCUUAAAGGCUAACUACCCUCUUGAAGCCACUAGAUCAGUGUUAUGGGAAUGCUUAUAAUUUGUGCUCAUCUCUUUAUGGUUAUCGUAUUUGUUAUUAAUUUUAUAUGUGUAUGUUUCUUAUCAAAACCAAAGGACAGUAGCAGUAUGAUACUUACCAAAGUUGGGAACCUGUGACUCCAUAGAUGUUGUUGGACUACAUUAUAUCUGACAAUAAACUAUGCUGGUGGAUUGAAAUUGGAGUCUGAAAACAUCUAAAGGGCCACAGAUUCCUACCUAUUCAUAUAUUUCAACUUAUGUAAUAACAACAAGAUUACCAACCCCCACAUUGCUACCAAAAUGAAAGACAUACCAGAACCUAUGUAAAACCACGGGAAAUUUUGAUGAGGUGGGUAAUAAAUUAUUCCCAAAUAAAUACAUCCUAUGGAUUUUUAAGGGGGCAAUUGAAAUUGCCAGGUUUUUUUUCUUGGAGAAAAUAAAUAUGGAAGAAAUUAUGAACCCUAAUUAUAAAUUACAUAUAAACUGUAUUACAUGGAUAAUGCAGUUUAGACAUCUGGUAGUCAUAGUUGAGUUUAGUGUUUUGAUAAAAGAUUUCCUAUAAGGUAUACAUUUUUAAAAUGCAUUGUUAUAAAAUCACAUGAGAAAAAUAUUUAUUUUAAUUAUUAUAUAAAGAAAGUCCUUUGCUUUCUACCCCAUAGUUUCGAUUGUCAGGGAGAAACUUGUUGAUAAUGGAACCGAAGUACGGUCCCCAAUAUUUGAAAAUGAGGUCUCAUUUACACAAUAUGUCAAAGUUAUAUUGGAGUUAUUAUCUCUGGAGCUAAUAGCAGUCUGGAAGUCUUACAGGAAUGACAAAUAGAGGGGAUCAGAAAUCAGACAUUGUAAAAUUGUGUGGCUGUUUCUUGUGCUGGCAUGCAAAAUGUGCAGCCUAGGGGUUGCCUGCAACCUGCUAGCAUCCCUUUUGUGGCCUCAGCAGAUCCCUAAAGGAGAUAGGAUUUGACUCAUUCUUUAGCCUUUGUCUGAAUUUUAGCAAUCUACUGUAUGUCUGAAGAAGCAGAAGGGAUGCUUUCAUCUGAAUAUUGGCUGGGAUGUAGGGGAGAUUAGAAAAACGACAUUAACCCAUUAAGCCAAAAAGAAACACCCAAAGCAAUAGAUCUUCCAUGCUUAAGAUUUGUUUUAGUCAUGCUAGUUUAUCUGUUUUUUGAGGAUAAUCAGAGCAGCAAAAGCUGAAACCAAGAACCUCCUUCAUUUAAUUGUUCAAAGACCAGCUUCAAAAAAGUAAAUACUAGGAUUCAAUUCAUAAGUCUAAGACUUGUGUGUAAAGUUCAUGUUUUUGGUGUAUCAUGUUUCUUCAGACAAGUGUAAACAAGUAAUGUAAAUUUGGUUGCAGUAUUUUGUAAGUUUAUGAUAACUAAAUCACUAAUUAAAGUAUUUUUCCAA